UUCUUCAAUGUUACGUACUGUUAAUAGUAAAAUAAAAACUAUAGUCAGUCGUCAUGACUCAUACACGUUGUAUAGUGAAAUCAUAGAAAGAAAAAAUAUCACAAUGGCUUUGGCAUGUUCUGUGUCCGCUUUUCUCGCUUGACUUGUUUGUUUGAACGCCGUGUGUUGUCGUUCGUCCGUUUGUCCGACGCUAUUAAUAAAAAACGUGUUUUCUAUCAUCUAAAAUCUGUUGAUUUACCUUCGUUUUUUUUAAAAUUCCCUCGUCGUCGCUUUAGAUGUUGUAGCUACAAGCAAAGUAUAUUUGGGGUAUUUUGUCAUUCGAUUGUCUUCAUUUACUACCAUUUAAUAAAUCGUAUUGUCAAACUUUUUCCCCCUAAGUAACAUAAACAAACUAUAAUGGCGUUUCUUAACCUACGUUAACAAGCAAAACAAUAUACGAAAGUGGGCUUAUUGCAAAAGUGACUCAAAACUUGAAUUCAAACAGAAAACUAACAUUUUCUUUUGACUCAUUUUUUUUUUGAGUUUUUAACCCCACAUCUGCAUUUUAUCUACGAAAAUGCCAUUAACCCUUUUUUUUUUUUUUUUUUCGAAAAUGGCUUCUUUACUGUCUCAACCUCAUUUUCUUCAAGUAUUUACAAUAUUGCCACUGCCAUGAAUAGUGGGAACAACCUUGUACGAACUGUUUGGAGCUUUUAAUGCCCUUUAAUGCACGUAAAUCUCUUUACACUCUCUCUGUUUCAAUUGUUAUGAACUAAAAACAACAUUUCUUUCACUUUCUCUCCAUAUUCAUCCAAAAAACUGAAGCUUUUGAUUCAAAAUUGUUUGGAGCCAUAUUUCUUUCGUUUUGACUUACGGUUGCUUUCGUUUGAGGUUCUGGGUGGUUGGAGAAGACCCUGUGUGCAAACAAAGUCAUCUCACCUAGUUGAAGAUGAUUUUUAAGUUACAUGCAGUGUAUGGAGAAUGGUUGUUGAGAGAUUUCCGUUGGGAUUUUGUGGUUGAUGAUCUCAAAGGAGCAAGAUUGUUUUUAUUGAAUGAAGAUUCAACACAUGCUGAACUUGUUGCAAUGGCUCAAGAAGAUUAUAACCUGGACAUGAGAUCAGUGACUGUGGAGAUUAGCUACUCAUUACCAGCAGAAAUGAUGAUGACUCCAAGCAGUCCUCCCAUUCAUGUUACAAGUGAUAGACAAGUUCGAAACUUGCUCGAGAUACUCAAAACGCAUAGAGUAUGUCUUUGUGUAUCAAGCCGCAGCAAGGUGGAAACGGUUUCAGAGAAAAGAGAAGAAGCUGGUGAUAAUGAUGAAGCUGGUGAAUGGGAAGAAGAUGUUGGUGAUAAUGAUGAAGCUGGUGAAUGGGAAGAAGAUGUUGGUGAUAAUGAUGAGGCUGAUGAAUGUUUUGAAGAUGUUGGUGAUAAUGAGUCUGUUGAAGAUGAAAAUCAAGAUGGGGAGGAGGAAAAUGGGGAGGAGGAAAAUGGGGAGGAGGAUGCUGAUAACACUAUUGUUGGUGAAACGGAUCAGAAUGGUGGGGAUUACAGUCUUUAUGGAAAGGUUCUAGAUGAGGACGAGGAAAAUGAUGAUAAUAUUUGUUUUGAAGAAAUUGAAAAGACAUAUGCUAAGACAAAUGCUAUUGAAGGAGGAAAAUCGGAUUGUACCAGCAUCUAUGUCAACCAGAGUUUUGUUAGCAAGGAUGCACUGCUUUCAGAGCUGCGGUUGACAGCAGUGAGGGGUAGGUUUUCUUUCAGAAUAUACAAAUCAACAAAAACUCUCCUUGUGGCAAUAUGUCGGGUUAGCGGUUGUGGAUGGAAGAUCAGAGCGAGUGUGAAACAUGGGUCAAACACGUUUUGGGUAACAAAGUAUGUGGAAAAACAUUUAUGCUCAAUUGGAGACCGAAUCGCUCAGCGGAGACACUGUACUCCAAAGUAUGUUGGUAGUCUUUUCAUUGAUCGUGUUGGGAUCAUUGAUGGGAUAACUCCACAGCAUAUCACUGAUGCAAUGAAGAACAUGUUUGGCAUGACGCUUGAUUACACCACUUCAUACAGAGCACUGUUAUAUGCACAGAAAUUGGUGAGAGGAUCAGCAGAAGAAGGGUAUUCGCGUCUGCCUUCAUAUCUCGAGCAAAUCUCCAUUGCAAAUCCUGAUUCUAUCACGGCUAUAGAACUUGAUUCUGAGAAAAGAUUUAAGUAUCUAUUUCUCUCUUUUGGAGCUUCUAUCAAAGGUUUUAAGUAUCAGAGAAGGGUCAUUGUGGUGGAUGGAACUCACCUAAGUGGAAAGUAUGGAGGUGUUAUGUUAGUUGCAGCCGCACAAGAUGGCAAUUUUCAGAUAUUCCCAUUGGCUUUUGGGAUCGUGGAUGCUGAAGAUGAACCUUCUUGGGAAUGGUUUUUCACAAAAUUGGCUAGUUGUAUAUCUCAUGACAAGCCUCUGGUGAUAGUCUCUGACCGGCACGCGGCCAUUAAAAGUGCGUGUGAGAAGGUGUUUCCUUGGGCAACCCGAGGAAUAUGUUAUUAUCACCUUCAAGAUAACAUUGUCAAAAAGUUUAAAGGGAAACAUCUCAUGUACUUGGUGAAAGGGGCUGCUUAUGCGCACACGGUUCACGAUUUUAACCGGUACAUGGCUGAGAUACGGAGUGCAAACCCGGAACUUGCAACGUAUUUGGAGAAUACGUGGUCCGGGGAGACAGAAGAAAUCAAGAUGGCAAUCUUGGUUGGAGCUAUCUAGGAUGAGGGGACACAAACCCAGGAAGAAACACAGGGCACGGAGAUGCUCAAACUGCAAGGAAACUGGCCAUACGAAACCACAAUGUACACAACCAGUUGACUAGUUGUCCAGACGACCUGAAUAUAAGUCGUCCAGUCUUGAUUACCCGUCCAGACGACUAAUUUCUAAGUCGUCCAGUGUUUCGUCUACCUUCUACGAAGUCGUCCAGUGUAUUAGACUACCUUCUACUAUCCCUUCAAGUGUAUUUUUUUAGACGACCUUUUACGAAGUCGUCCAGUGUAUUUAAGUCGUCCAGUGUAUUUAAGUCGUCCAGUGUUUAGACUACCUUCUACUAUCCCUUCAAGUGUAUUUUUUUUUAGACGACCUUUUACGAAGUCGUCCAGUGUAUUUUAUUUUUAGACUACCUUAUUUUUUUUA